CACAGUGCGCCUGCGUCGCGCGAUGCUAUAGGAAUUCGAGGUCUCACAUAUUGCAGGGACCUGCGAUUUAUAGUUUUCUCACCUCGUUCCUGCCAGGACAAGGGCAUACCUCUUUCUUCCCGCUUCAGUGCGACCAUGUUUGUUCCCUGCGGAGAAUCGGUCUUCAACCUCGCGGGUUUCACUCUCUUGAUGCCAGCAGUAUCCGUUGGAAAUGUUGGCCAGCUUGCGAUAGAUCUAAUUAUUUCUACACUGAAUAUGUCUAAGAUUGGUUACUUCUAUACCGAUUGUCUUGUGCCGAUGGUUGGAAACAAUCCAUAUGCAACAUCAGAAGAAAAUUCAACAGAACUCAGUAUAAAUGCUGAAGUAUAUUCAUUGCCUUCAAAGAAGCUAGUGGCUCUUCAGUUAAGAUCCAUUUUUAUUAAGUAUAAGUCAAAGGCAUUCUGUGAAAAACUGCUUUCCUGGGUGAAAAGUAGUAACUGUGCCAAAGUUAUUGUUCUUGCAAGCAGUCAUUCAUACCAUCGUAAUGAUCUACAGCUCCGCAGUACACCUUUCAGAUACCUACUUACGCCUUCCAUGCAAAAAAGUGUUCAAAAUAAAAUAAAGAGCCUUAAUUGGGAAGAAAUGGAAAAAAGCCCAUGCAUUCCUGAAAUAAGUGAUUCUGAGUUUUGUGUCCGUGUACCUGGUGGAGGUAUCACAAAAACACUCUAUGAUGAAGGCUGUUCUAAAGAAAUCCCAAUGGCGGUUCUGCUGAAAUUUGUUUCAGAAGGAGACAAUAUCCCAGAUGCAUUAGGUCUUGUUGAGUAUCUUAAUGAAUGGCUUCAGAUAAUCAAACCACAUUUACAGUGUGAUGACCCCACAGCAUCUGCCUUGCCAUGGAAAAUGCCAAGUUCUUGGAGAUUACUCUUUGGCAGUGGUCUUCCCCCUGCGCUUUUUUGAUCUGUUUUUAGUUUUACACCUUAUGUCCUAAGACAUUUGUGUCCUCAAAACUGUUAAACAACUAUAUAAAAAGCAGUGUUAUCUACUGUAUCGGAAAAUAAUCUUUACUUUUCACAGAAAAAAAUGAAUUAGCAAAAGCUGGUUGUUGCUAUGGCUUUCAUCAUAUGCAACAAAUGUGAAUUUUGUACAAUAAAGUAUUUCCUAAGUAA